CAAGUACCUACCUAGUGAACAAUCACAACCGACGAUAUAAUUACCUUCUCUCACUGACCUUUCUUUUCAUAACCGAACAAUUUUAAACAGAUAGGUACAAGUGCGACUACUACGCUUGUCUCGCUAUAUCUGAAGGUCUCCAAUUAGUUGCAUCUGAACAACAAUUGCCUGUCUUGGACAGAUCCUUGGAAGGUGCGAAGUGACAUAUCUUGAUCACCUAAAUCCGUACAUUAGGACCUUGGGUGCCUCCAUCCUCGCAAGUCUCAAUUCUUCCUACCUACCUACCUUUAUGCUCUAGAAAAUUCAAAAGCCUUGCCCAUUUUUUGAGCCAGUUGCGUGAACUUUACGACAAUGGACUACAGGUCGCAAUAUACAGCAAAGGAGGAAUACGUGGCCAAUGUUGAUCAGACAUUGAGAGAACUUCAAGAGAGAGUCCAGCAACAUGAAAAUGAGUUGGACAAGAUUCGUUCAGAGCCCAGCCAACCCCCAGUGUCUGCGACUGGACAGGCGCGUCUCAUACAAGUGGCUCUCAAAGAGGUGACAGUGUCGGAUCCCUUCCUCCCCUCGCCAGGGUCGCUGUUACCGACACUAUUGGCGUUUCGCAAGACUCACCAAACCAUUCAAGAGUCCAAAUCCUAUCUUGCCUCUCAACGAGCAGGCCAUGAACAACUGUCGCGUCAGCUUGAAGUGGAUGAAGCGCGCCUCAAGGAUCAAAACCUCCUUGGCGAUGCUCUGGAUGCGCGUAUCUUGUCGUUACGCGAUGAAGUGGAUGCGGGUACUCACGUUAGCCCGGGAGAAGGGGCAAAGGAACUGUUGCAAGAACUCAGGGCUAAGAAGAAGUCUUACGACAGAGAGACGUCAAAACUCAUGAAAGUUCUCCUUCGAUUCAUCGAUAAUCAGCUGGCGCCCAUGCUUGCGGCAGAAGAGCUAGGAGGGCCUGUGGUUGGGGAUCUUAUAGGUAUUGAUGGAGAUGAUUUGGCCGCCGGAUUUAAUGCACAAGGAAAACCCAGGAAACCAAAGGACAGUGACGAUAAAGAAGAUAAACGGCAACGCAGAAUCGAUGAGAUUUGGGGGCAGGCUACUAAUCAAGGCACUGGGCGUCAGGACGAGAUUGCAGCUGCAGCUGCAGAGAUGAAGCAACUGACAGAGGAGCUUCUCAACACGCUUGCUGAAGCUCAAGGCAAUAACUCAGCAUCAUAUGUACAAUUGUCGCGUGAAACUGCGGCUGCACGGUUCUUGGUGAGGUCCAAGGUUGCACAAUUUCAUCCUAAAGAUGCAACAAGGCUCAAACUGGUGGACUUCGGACGAGAAUUGGAGCCCUGAGUACCUAAUUUAGUAGGUAGUUACAGAUACAAAGAAAGUUUUAAGAAUGA